GUCACGUUUCGCGUUCAACCCUUACACGUUACAAACCUCCAAAAAUAACUUACUUCAUAGUUCAGGUUUUAAAAGUAAUAUCAUAAUUUUCAGAUUAAGGAAUCUAAUUGAGACUUCCGUGGUAUUUUCAAUUAGUUGGGCAUAAUGACAAGAACGACGCCAGAUGCUCUAUCUAGUUUGAACCAAUUUACCAACGCAACGACCCCGACAGCAAGUAAUAUGAUAACAGUUGCAAAAUCAACGCAUAGUAAUAAACGACCACCCAUCAUCAUUUAUCCCACUGUGUCACCCGAAUCAAUAGUUAUACCGAUCGUGUCCUGCAUAUUUGGCUUUCCAUUAUUGGCUCUGACAGUUAUUUGCUGUUUGCGACGAAGGGCGAAAUUAGCGAGGGAACGCGCAAGACGCCGUAACUGCGAAUUGGAUCGCGGUGAGUUAUCUGUAGUGAGAAUGUCUCCAAUGAAGAAUAGACAACGAGCGGUCAGUCUCGUCCGCUCUCCGCGGCCGCCUCCCUCCCUCGAAUUGGACACUGUCCUGGAAGAACGCUCAGAUCCGGAACAAACUACGCUUUCACAGGUGGAAAUAACCCCAGACAAGGAAGUGGGUUCGAUACUCUUCGGGGCCAUUGGAGCUGUGGGGGCAGCCGCGGUUACCGCAGCCGCCUGCGCCGGCGACAGCUAGCGGCGUGGCUCGGCGCAACCCGGCGCGCGAUCCCCGCUCUGGGCGGCGCUGACCAGCCAACCACUUGAUGACGAAAUCGACGACGUCACUGAUGACGUCACGGACAGCUAGCAGUUGGACGACCGCUCCAUCACGGAUAUCGGGGAGCGUAUGAAACUGUUCUUGGACAUACCGUUGAGAUUUUAGUGAUGACUGUUAACAAAUGUAGUUACAUAAUAGUUGGAGUUGACAACAUUAGUUCGUUAUAACUACCAAACUACAGGAUAUAUCGACAAAUUCUGAAAUAAAUUGAUCUGGACAACCUACAACCAUUUACUUUAUUUAGUAUUCUUAUGAGUGUCUUAUGCUCCAGUGAGUACGGAACUUUAUUUUUUUAAUUAUUUUUUUUUAAUUAAAUACUUCACUGGGUUCUCUGGAUGAUUGAGUCAACAACCAAAAUGUUAUUUAAUCCAAUACGCGUGUGUCAGGAACCAAACAUAAAUAUGUAAUGAUAGCAUUUGCAAAACUUUAAAAAUUCUAAAUUUAAAAGAAAGGUCUACUAAGAUAUGGAAAAUGAAGCAAUCUGUAAUAAAUUUCCGAUUCAAAAAUUACAAAUGACGUCAUCUAUCCACCAAACCUAGAUUAAGAAUGGGGAUCGGAAUCACUUUCGAAAUUAUGAGGUUGUACUUAAUGGUGGAAUGGUAUUUGGUGGAAUGUCGAGCCUAAUGAAAUGGUUGAAAUAAAAGUGGUACUAACGCACCCUUUCGACCUAAUUUAUCUAUCCCAUGAUAACAUUGCAUAAAGAUGAAAACAUAUAUUAUAUAAGUUUAGAGACGCCUGUGUAACUUUGCGUAUGCAUAUAUUUAUGUUACGCAGGACGUCUCAAUACUUAGCUAGAUAAAACAUUUCUUUCUAAAUUGCUAUAUAUGUAGUAAUUAAAGUUGUAGAAAUAGUAGAUCUGUCUCAUAGACUUCUUCAUCGAUACAACGUUUUGUCUGGGUAUCGGAUUUCUGUAUUUGUUCUACGAUCAUAUAGUUUAUCUCUUAUAGGCAAGUAGGUGAUUAAACUUCUGUGCCUGAUACACGCCGUCGACUUUUUCGGUCUAAGGCAUAGAGGUUUCCUCGUUGUGUUUUCCUUUACCGUACAAGCGAAUCUUAAAUGCGCACAUAGAAAUAGCUAAGAACCGGAGUUCGAACCUACAACCUCAGUGAUGAGAGUCUCAUGUAACUGAGGACUGCCAAAUACUAUACGUACAUGCAUCCUUGCUCUAUUGGUCGUUAAAACGAACUAAUGUUGUUUAUUUAUUUAUUUAUUCAUUUAGGAAACAAAACAGAUACAAUUACUAUAAUAUAAUAGGUAAUUUAAAAACCCGGGGAAAAGUCAAAUCACAAACAGUUACGUCAAAGUGUAAAUAUAAAGGAUAGACGUUUUAAGAGAUUAUGAGAAAACUAUUAGCUGAAUGUACCUAAUUGACAUUUAUGUAUUUAAAAUGUACAUCAUAUCAAACAUUGUUACAAUGUAAUUACUUCUACAAAUUAUUUCUACGUUAAGACAGCCUGUAUUCCAAAACGUUUAUCAAGUAACAACAGUUUUCAAUGCCAACAGUAAGAGUUUAUAGAGUCAAAUUUGGUACAGCUUUUUAAACUAUAUUCAAGAUGUACGUUUUGAAAUACGGGUAACGUAAGUUAUUAGCACUUGUACAUAGUAGGACUUUAGAAUCAAAAAAACCGAGCUUUUUAUGUCUUGAGCAUAUACGUAGAUAGAAAAUGCCCGAAUAC